AUUUUUUUACUAAGUUUAGUGUCGUACAGUACAUUCAACUUUAUUCGACUUUCCCUCUUUCUGAUUUUGAGACUGUAUGAAAAUGUAAUUGAACUAGAUUUGAUAAUUAAUUUUUAUUCUCAAUAAGUUAUAUUAUUCAUCAUACAUUCGAGUUCGAAAAAUCAGAAAUGUUAUUAAUAGGUUCUUAUAAUUUAUUAAUUGAGCUUGAAACAAACGAUACAGAGUAUGUUGUUAGGUAGUUGAACUAUCAGUUUUUCCCUGAUUGAAUAGCUUUGAGCUACGAUGACGCUUGUCACUUUCCAAUAGAUUACGACGUUCACAAUCUGUUUCACUGUUUAUAAGUGAGAGAUCAAUUCAAGUGAAGUUCAAAGAUCGUACCAUAUAUAAUCUCAGUUGUUGAGCUGCAUUCAUGUGUGUUGGAAGUGUGUUUUGUAUGUAUCCCUGUGCGCGAUGAAUUUCGAACCGGAAUUCGACACCUUCCGAUAUGUUUACAGUUGUAACGUGGACACUCCUUUGCAAAUGAAGAUAGGGACUUUGGAAGGUGAUAUUUGUACGAACAGUGAGUGCUCGUUCAAGGACACACAUCCGGCUCGAUUCAAGAAGCGCAGCAUCGAAUCUGAUUUGAUAGUGACAGCACAAGUUUUCUCGGACGGCCGCGCCUUGACAGUGCCAAUAACGUCGAGUAGCAAGGCAUUCUCCAAUCAUUGGAAGUGGAAUGAAUGGAUAUCGUUCCCUUUGCUCUUCAGUGAUCUUCCCAGACGCUCGCUCCUAGCGUUAACUGUCUACUACACCGACCAAGGUGUUGUCAAACCUGUGGGGGGAACUACUGUUGAACUAUUUGGGAAGUACGGUUUAUUCAGACAAGGCGUCAAAGAUUUAAAAAUCUGGCCUCAUGAAGUUGCUGAUGGAAACGUUAAUACUAAGACACCUGGCAAAAUACAGGGUGACUUUCAGAAGCAUUCACUUUUGAAACUAGCCAAGAAACACAAAACUGGGGAGUUGGUUAAAAUAGACUGGUUGGACAAACUGACAUUCCGUGAGGUAGAGAUCUUGUAUGAGAUGGAGAAGAGGAAAUCAAACAAUUGGUACCUGAUGAUUGAAUUUCCUCAAAUCAUGUUGAACGAUAUAUCGUACUCAAUUGUUUACUAUGAGAAGGAUGGUGAUGAUAUCUACCUGUACAGAACAGAGACAAACAGACUCAUGAAGGACCCGGAAAAUCCUGAUGAUAAUCUAGUGGAAGACAAAAGUCAUAAGUUAGCUCGCAGCAUACGCACCGGCGGUGAUUACGACAGAUCCAUCAAGCCCAAUUCCACAGUUCGUGAUUCACUGAACACAAUUAUUCUCUAUCCUUCCACAACACAAUUAUCUGUAGAGGAAAAAGAUCUCAUUUGGAAAUAUCGGUACUACCUUAGCAAACAGAAAAAAGCGUUGUCGAAAUUUGUAAAGUGUGUGAAUUGGAAUAUGGAAGCUGAAGCCAUUCAAGCCAUUGCUAUGAUGGAAGAAUGGGCUCCCAUGGACGUGGAAGACGCUCUAGAACUCCUCGGUCCUGCUUUCUCUCAUCCUUCUGUUCGCAAAUAUGCCAUUUCGCGGCUACAACAAGCUUCUGAUGAUGAUCUUCUAUCUUACCUAUUGCAGCUUGUUCAGGCCUUGAGGUACGAGGAUUUUGAAAGCAUCGAUGAAUCAUUCGCUCUUCUUCCUAGUUCAGUUUCUCUUACUGAAUAUAAUGAAUUACUAAACGAAAAUUCUGUUAUUGGUGAACAAAAUGACAAUAAUUCAAACAAUAAUGUUGAGGAUGAACGUAGAGAAACUCCAGAAGAAAGUAGUAGUCAUUUGUUUGUAGGAGCUUCAAAAUUUGAUCUUGUAAAUUUCCUUAUAAAUAGAGCCUGUGCCAACCCCAUCUUAGCAAAUAACUUUUACUGGUAUUUGUCUACAGAAUGUGAAGAGAAAGACACAGCUAGCAAUCGUGACAUUCAUGUGGAAGUCCGUUCAAUGUUCAGUAAAGUAUCCACACUUCUUUUGUCAGCACUUCAAACAAACAGCGAGAAAAGCAACAUUUUCUACAAGAGUCUUCUGAAACAACAAACCUUCAUAAAGAAUCUGGAAAAUGUUAUGAAAAUUGUUGCAAGGGAAAGUGGAAAUCGUACUAAGAAGAUGGAAAAACUACGUUCUCUUCUAGCUGAUUCAGAAUCAGAUAUACAUUUUACAAGCUUUGAUAAAUUUUUCUUCCCAUUGGAUCCGAAAAUCCAGGUGAAGGGUAUCUAUCCAGAGAAAUCAUACCUCUUCAAAUCUUCAAUGAUGCCAUCCCUGUUAUCAUUCAUAACUACAGACGCAACAGAAUACAUAACUAUUUUCAAGAAUGGUGAUGACCUGAGACAAGAUCAAUUAGUUGUGCAGAUAAUUAAUCUGAUGGACAAAUUACUUCGCAAUGAAAAUCUGGAUUUGAAGUUGACUCCUUACAAGGUGCUCGCUACAAGUACCAAAACAGGCUUCGUCCAGUAUAUACAAUCUGUUUCAAUAGCUGAGAUUCUUUCAACUGAAGGGACUAUCCAAAAUUUCCUACGUAAAAACAAUUUCAACCAGGCCGGCCCUUAUGAGAUAGCACCGGAAAUAAUGGAUACUUAUAUUAAAAGCUGUGCAGGGUAUUGCGUGAUCACUUACAUUCUGGGUGUCGGCGACAGACAUUUGGACAACCUGUUGCUGACUAGUAAUGGUAAACUUUUUCACAUAGACUUUGGGUACAUCUUGGGUAGGGAUCCUCACCCUCUGCCUCCUCCUAUGAAACUCACCAAAGAAAUGAUCGAAGCUAUGGGAGGUGUCAACUCAGAACAGUACAAACGCUUUUGCAAACUGUGCUACACUAUUUUCCUGCACCUGAGAAGGCAUGCCAAUUUGAUACUGAAUCUAUUCGCUCUAAUGGUGGACGCUAGUGUGCCUGACAUUGCGUUGGAGCCGGACAAAGCAGUGAAGAAAGUGCAGGAGAAGUUUCGCCUGGAUUUGGAGGAUGAAGAAGCGUGCAUCUACUUCAAGAGUCAGUUGGAUAUGUCGGUGACUGCUCUGAUGGCCACUGUUGUUGAGCGUAUGCAUAGAUUUGCUCAAUACAUGCGCAAGUGAUGAUUGCAUUAGAGUUUCGAAAAUGUAAUUAUAAUUUCGUACACACCUAUCAGUUUUGUUUUUCUGCAAUUACGAAUUAUAACUGAAAUAGAUAAUGACUGCCUGUUAUAGACUCUUGUCUUAAUGUUGUGACUCCGUCUUGAUCUAUUAUGAUCGGAGACGAUUUCAUAUCUAUGAAACAUUACAAUGAAAUUCUACUAUUCGAUACAUGUGUUAGCCUAAUAUGUAUUAGAAUUUACACAUUCUAUUAAAAUUAUUACAAUUUAAAAAUUAAUAAUUACUCAUUUCAGUCUACUUUGUUCAUUAUAUUGUGAAUUGAUUCAAAGUAUGAAUUGUUUGUUGUUUUUUUUGGAAAAAUCAAAUGAAAGUUCUAUUCUCUUAUAGUACUUAACAUAAAAAUUUAAAUUUGAAAGUUUUUGGAACGUUUUCAAUCCCCAGUUCUAAAUAUGACUUGAAAUACAGGUUUUAACUGAUACUACACUGCCAGGAAAAUCUUGAAUAUUCUAUGAAUUUCCAAUUUUUUCCAAAUAUUGAAGAUAUAUUUUGAAAAUUGAAUUGUAUGAGCAAGACUGUGGCUAGUAAUGAAUUGAACUGAAUUUAAUUCGUAUCGAAAUUCUGAGACUUGAAGCCCUUAUUUUCAGAAGCCCGCAUUUUCAAAUGCGCAGUGAAGUGAAAAAUGUUUCAAAAUGUGUUGAUUGCUUGAUAGCUACUGAGGUAGCUCUUAAUAUGUCUUCCGACUAAAUUAUUUUCAGAUACAGUAUCUAGAAUGAUGAUUUUGUUUGAUGAAUGAUUUGUAGAUUCAAUUUUAGAUUACAUCUACAUUAUACUAGGUAUCGUGCGAUCUUUUAAAGGUUAUAGGACGAAUAAAGAAACCAUCAAAUAAAAUUUGAAUUUUUAUUGGAGCAGCUUUGUUUUGUUUGAUUUAGAACAAGUGAUAAAAAUUAUCAUUUUACACACGAAGAGUUUUUACUGUACAUAUUAUACAUUAUAAUUUUAAUUUGUUUAUCAAAGAGAUUCAUUCUCUAAGAGAAUAUUAUUUUGAUCACAGGAGCUUUUAAAUUUCAUCAGCCACACAAAGCAGGCAAUUUUUCUCAGACAUUGAAAAAGGUCAUUAGGUCGGCUAUUCUUUUCUUUUAUCAUUAAUUCAUGAAUUUAUUCAUUGAAAAUUUAGAUGAAGUUCGGCUGAGCAAUUAUUUAUUCUAUUGAUCAAUGUCAGAUAACAAAGUAACUUUGAGGAAAACUAAGUCAUUAAUCGAACUAAUUCUCAAUAUUAUUCAUGUAACUUAAAUCUCGAUUUGCUCAAGUAUUCAAUUUAUUUUUAAUUACUGAUGUUUCUGAAAAGAUUCUUAUUUAAGGAAAGUUUUUUACAACAAGAACUAUUCCCUUUAAUCCUCUUUUUAUUACACCAUAGUAAUUAUUAUAAUUGAAAAUGUCAAUCAACUAUUGAUGCAAUUCUGUAAUGUAGGUAAUUUACAAAUAAGCAUAGUUCAAAAAACUAAUAAUAAUUUUUAAUGGAUUAUGAUAUUUUUCUACAGCUCAAUUUUGUACAUUUUUUUAUUCCACACAAAUCAAAUGAGAAUCUUCUUAUACUGAAUCACACAGAAAAGAUCAGAUUCAGUAUAAUAUCAUCAUUUCAGUAGCCUAAUAGCUACUAGUCUAUUUUUCAGCAAUGCAUCUCAUUUCCUUAUUGUCUAAUGAAAUUUAAAUACUAUACGCAAUCAUUUCUUCUCAGCGUGAUUGAUACUGUAAAAGUGUAAACAAUAAAAAACCUUCUGACGUAAGGUUUUUGCAACUUUCAAACAGAUUCAUCAAACUUCUUGGUAAGAAAAUACAUUAGACUCGAUUUUAUUGACUUGGUAAAUUGAAAGCUAAUAAAGGUUUGAUUUUAGUAAAAAAAUAUUACUUACAUUCAAAUAAAUUUCCUAUUCUUCAAGAACUAUAUAAGCUAUGUUAUUAUAUACGAAAAAACAUAAAGAACUUGAACAUGUUCAUUUAUUUUCGUAAAAUAUUGAAAUGAGCAUCUAAAAUGUUUGAAUGAGCAUUCAAACAAUGAUCAUAUUAUUGAUCAUCUGAACCAGACAGUCCAGUUUUUCAUAGUAUUAUUGUAUCAAUGGUGAACAUCUAACAAGUUAUACAACAGCAAACUCAAUUACCAUUACAAAAAAAGGAAUUUUAUUAAUAUUUAAUUGAUAUUUUCCAAAAUUUUAAGAGCUGUAAAACAUCAUAUCGAAAUAGCAAUAUACAAUUAAAAAUUGUACAUUCUAGUAUAACAAUACAUUUAACCUGGGAAAAUAUUGAACCAUCAAAUGUAAUUGUUAUUUGAUUCAAAAGGAAGUAUCAUUUCUUUAUAAUUAUAUUGUGAAAUAAAGAAUCUUAAAUUGUU